GAACUGGGUUUUUUAACGGAUAGGUCAGGGCCACACAACUGCAGUGUUGUCUUUUUUGUACUUUUCAGAAAGGGCAUCUAAUUUUUAACAAGUUUUAUCCUUAACUGUCUGGAGACUUGAAUUCGCCCUUGUUCGGUUUCAUUUCCCACUGAGUUGGCUGCAAUUUAAUUAUUUUGUGGCUUAAAAACUCCGAACGCUAAAGAUCCAGUUAUGUCUUUAUAUCUACCGAAUUAUAAAUAGUAUUUUGGUGCCAAGUGUUUCAAGUUGUACACUUGUAUGUACAUACAUACAUCUCUGGAAGGAGAUCGAAAGAACAAGAAAAACGGUGAAAAACGAGGUUUUCAUGGAUCGCAGUCUGGACUCUAUUGGCAGCUGUUCUCUUGAUGUAGACGCCGACUCCUCCGACAUAUCAGACACCAGUGGCAGCCUAAAUUUUCCCACGCCGCUUUCAGUAAAGGAUAUAACCCGCGACUUUACCGCCAACCUUCGGGAGCGCUGUGUACUACGCUCGCCUCAGCUGCCCCAGCACACAACCUCCGCCUACGUGGAUUCCGGGUCGGCUGGUCUGGUACGUAUGGUGCUGUCGCCUGUGGUCGUGGAGUCCGCCCUAGAGCCGAGCUCCGAUGUCGCCGUUAAUAGAACCGGUGGCGAUUCUCCAGAAACUGCCGCUGUCGAAAAGAAGCCCAGCUAUUUGAACCUGGCCUGCUGCGUCAACGGCUAUUCCAACCUGACCACCUACGACUCUAAGAUCCGACAGGAUAUUAACAAGUCGCGCGAAGUUUCUCCGAUACGUCCCUCCACCAGCAGUCUGCAGUACUGCAGGCGCAGUCAUUCCUUGGCGGCUCCAGUGCUUAAUAUCAUGCCCUCUCCGGCCAGGAAGUUUAAAUCCAUUGAGUCCAACAAUAAUAAUAACGGCUACAGCAUGGAAAACGGAUUAGAAUCGGCCCAGGUAAAUGGAAACGGAAGCUUUAUAAAGCAGCGAGUGGAGCGUCUUUACGGGCCGGGUGCACUUGCCCAGGGUUUUUACAGCCCCAAAAAGCACCUGCAGUCCUUAUCUCAUAAAACGGGCCUGUCGGAAACGAACCGACGCGAUAUCGAAUCCCCGCCAGGCUCGGAGUUGGCUCGAAAAUUCAAGCAGCUUUCGCCUAGUAAGGACUACGGGGAGUUCCGGAGAAAACUCCAACAUAACUGCUCACAGAGUGCAACGGCGCGGUUGGCAGAGCCUUUGCCUUUUUCAGAUAAAGACGGAGAUAUAGACCUGCCUGUUUUCAGGCACCUUAGCCUCGAGUUCCGGGCACAACUGCCUACUGUGUCGCCCAAAAGGGGUGUACCUCGAUCAUGUAUCGAACCUGAGAUACAGCUUACCAGUGACGACACUCAGUCAGUGCCAGAUUCUGGACCUAUUGAUGAAGUCGACCAUAAGGCCGAGGAACUAAUCGUGUUGGAUUACGAGGAAUAUGUUAGCGCCCAAAAAAUACUCCUUCCAGAAGGUGUCAAGGACGGUAACUACUUUCUUCAAAUACUGAAAGAUGAACAAAUUCGUCUGUUGGCGCUGGCCUCGCUCGCUGAAAAAUAUGCAGAUGCCUUGUCUACGAAUCCGGACAUCACAGAAGACACCUUUGGGCUAUUGCGGUCGGCGUCCGGUAAAGCCCGCCUUUUGGUCUCGCAGAAAAUGAAACAAUUCGAGGGCCUUUGCCACAACAAUCUGAAUCGCUCCCCGGAGGAUGAGUUUCCAACAACAGUUGACGAUUUACAAGGAUUCUGGGACAUGGUUUAUUUGCAGGUGGAACAUGUGGAUUCUAUUUUCGCUGAUAUUGAGCACUUAAAAGAUAACGAGUGGAAGCGCAUCCCUGAGUCGGUUAAUGUGAUCCCCAUAUCAACUAGAAAGACACAAUCCGCAAAGAUUGGCGUCUUGAAAGGAAAAUCAAGCGGGAAGAUGAACAACAGUAGUGUAAAUGGAUCCAGAGCUCUUCCACCAAAUUCGGCAGCGGCAUUAAAGCGCGAGUCCCAAAGAAAACAAUUGAUGGAAAUGAAACGUCAGCGUCGUGAGGCUAUGGCCGCGGCGGCCAGCGAUCUACCGGUAAUGAUCGACGACACAAAAAAUAAAUAGAGCUCACUGCGAAUAAUCACUCCUGAUUUCUAGUUACAUAUGUAUUUUAAAUUAACACUCACUCACAAGCGUAAUUCACAGAAGCAUACUCAAACUUAUACAUCAUAAAAAAUCCAUAUAUAUGCUUAAAACUUUCUAGUUGAAUUAAUCUUUAACUAGUCCUAAAUAAAUUCACGUGGUGGAGCUGCAUAAUAUAACUUCAUAACUGUACAGUUAAAAACUGUCACAAAAUGUCACAAAUCUAGAAGAUUACCAAGGAAAUGAGAUAUCGCUUUAGCAUAUUAAGCAAUUUUGUGUAUUAUUAUCAACUGCUAUUGACCGAAUAUUGUUUAUACAAAUUGCCUUGCUGCAUGUGAAUUUUCUUGUUAAUCAAUCGUUCUGCACUUAUGUAACUGAAAAUUUUUAUUAAUUACUUCAUUACAUUAAAAAGACAUUUUUUCUCGUGUAAUAAUUUUUAAGUACAAUAAACACCAACAAAACAUUUAUA